UGCUCAUUAAUGGCGCAAUGUUGGAGAGUCUCUCUUUUGGCCUCAAGUAAUGGGUGACGUUAUCGAGAUUUCUCUUUCUGACUCAACGGAUGAUUCUUCCGAUGAGCAGGAUGAGUCAGAGAAUGAAUUUACUGGUCAAUUUAAACUUGAAAAAGCCAAAGGAAAUAUUGAAUGCAACAGCGACUCAUUCGAUGAGGAUACUGAGACAUGUCCUAUAUGUUUUGAAUUAUGGACCUCAUCAGGACCACACAAAGUCUGUUGUCUUCGCUGUGGACAUCUUUUCGGCUAUUCGUGCGUCAUGAAAUGGUUCAAGGCUGUUGGAAAGAAAGCUAAGUGCCCUCAGUGCAAUGCGAAAGCUAAUCGACGUGACGUUCGAGUACUUUACUGUAAAAACUUAAAGGUUUUGGAUACAACUGACCGAGACAGAGCCUUGGCUGAACUUGAGCGUGAAAAGCGAGGGCGACAGAAAGCAGAACAGGAAGCUGCAGAAUUUAAAGCAAGAUGUGAUCUUCUCCAUGCAGAGGUACUUCAACUUCGCGAUGAGCUUCAGACUACCACGGGACAUCACAAGGUCCAGUCAUCUCGUUUGCAAAAUACUAGUGAAGUUCCAAAUCAUAAAGCGUCAAGCUCAGAUGGUUCAACUGAUUUUGACGGUCAGUAUACAUUAGUGAACACUUUACUGAUCUCAGUCGGCGGAAAUUGUCGUGUUAUGGCAUCGUGUGACUACUUAAAUACCUUGUGUGUUUCACAGUCUUCAACUAACCCAAUAUUUCGAGGAUUCGGAAUACGUAAGGUGAAUAGUUCUGAACAAAGAUUAAUAAAAUAUGUACACUUGCAUACACAACCGAUUCGUGACUUAGCAUUUCAUCCAGAAGCGCAUGAUGGUAUUAUUGCAAGCGCAAGCUUAGAUAAAACUUUACGUCUUACUAGUUUAUUAAAUGAUUCGAUUGUUCAAACUUACCAUUGUCCAGUGGGAAUAUGGAGUUGUUGUUGGGCUGGAGAUUCGAAUCGUUUAUUCGCUGGCUGUGCAAAUGGUUCAAUAAUGUUAUAUGAUAUACGUGUGACUACCGGUCCAAUAGAUGUUUUCUAUGUACCAAAUAACGAUGCACCGGUUUUGGGAUUGCAGUAUUUAUCACCCACCGUGGAUCAAAAUAUUUCCAGCUCUGGAGGUUUAUUGGUUGGUCAGUUGAAUAAAGUCACAUUUAUGUCUGAGAGUUCUGUAAAUCCUAUAGCUAUACAACAAACAACUAACCAAGAACGAAUAGAAUCUGCUGAUGGCAUUGCUCCGAUUGAUAAUUCAGAAAAUCCUGCUUCACCUGAUCUUCUUCAAGAUAAUAGCACGUCUCGUUCAUCGAAUUGGCUAGGAAAUGUACCUUCUUAUAAACCCCAUAAUCUCCCUCUAGAAGGUAGUUUGGUUUCAUUAAGUGCACUUCCACAAGGACGUCAGUUUUUAGCUUCCUACAGACCAUCCCAACGACUACCUCGUGUAAGACAUUUGUUGGCGGAAUUACAAUCUGAAACUUCACCUAUAGCUGAAACGGCUUACUCCUGUAGAGAAAUACACAACUUUUGGGCAGGAAAUCGAAUGAAAAAGCUGACUCGUGCUAAACUAUUUGUUGGACCUUCAAAAGAAUCAGGACUUAUCGCUGUGGCUGGCAAUGAAGAUGUCAAUGGUGCUUUGAUAUGGAGGUGCUCUGAUGGCACACAAAUGCAAGUCUUACAACCUCCUGAAACCACUGCUGAUAAUCCUAUCUUGGAUGUAUGUCCAAUCUUUUUCUCAUCGACUCAAAGUCAUUAUUUAACAUUACUUACUGACCGAAUGCUUCAUUUUUACAUGUGGCGUACCCAAAAUUCAUACUGAAAUUUUCUCAAGUGUAAAUAUGUACAUACUGCAACCUAGAUCAUUCUGACUAUUAUUUUUUUUACCUAAAACAAUAAAUUUGAAACAUAGUUUCACAGAUCACUGUUGGCAUCUUCAUCAGUUUCGAGACUAAAGGAAAAAUUUUGGGUCUUUCUAUCAUAUUCUUCAAUAGGUAACCGACAUUCAAACUGCCUACUGUCGACACUGUCGAAAACCUUAUUCCGAUAUUUGAUGAAAAGAACACAAAGCUCUUUUAAAUAUUUAAAUAAUUUAGCUGCAGCAUUAAUAAUGGUACCUUGUUAACACGACCUGUUAAUCAUAAAAUAACUCAUUCGUCG